UCCGCGCAUCCUGGAGCCUCAUUUCACUUCACGUUUGUUCAGAGGAAGCAGCUCAAGUUCAUUACCGAGUAAAAUAUCAAUCUGUGCGUUUCUCAUCACACACUGUGAUAAGAAAGUGGGUAAGUAUGCGUAAGUGGAUACAAAUGAUACGGAAACUGUUUAAGCGCUUCAAAAUCCACCCUCCUCACAAGGAGAAGGUGGAGGAGAAUGAGGCAGAUGUACACCUGGAGGAAUUUGCAGAUGGGAGUGAGAAACAGAAGGAUUGGGGAGAAAAACAAGAGCACCAGCAGAGCACCUGCAGCCAGGAGAUCCUGUUAUCACUUCACAGGAUUUUUGAAAAGCAUGCAGAGUGCUCUGAGAAUCUCUUGAGAGAGAUUACAAAAUUGACAGAUGUUAUUGAGAGCACAAAGAAAACGAACAGUGCUGAGAUGGAAUCUACUGCUCCUCUAGCAGUCAGUCAGGACGUUACACCAGCUCAAAAGCCUAAGCUGCCUUUCUCUACAUUUUCCUCUUUCUUUAGCUCUGCCAGGAUCCGGCUUCCUCCAAUAAAAGAGCUCCAGCAUUCCUGUGUGGAGUCCAGUGUGAUUUCCAGUGUGCACACUGACGACGUAAAGCCGCCACAAUCGCCCAAGUUAGCAUGGGGUGCAAAUCAGUGCUGCAUGAACACUGAAGAGAUCAUGCUGACUGAAAACACAGAUCUGAAUGUUGUUGAGCUGCAAACUGUGGAUGCGACAUCCUCAGAGGAUGAAACAAUUGGUCUUAUGAUUGGCAGAAUUGUAAACAAGCCACUUGAUGAACAAACGCACCUUUUGGAGAUGGAGUUUAAUGCCAAGUUAGCUGAAUGGUCCGAGACUGAAAAGGAGGAGAAGGUAAAAGUUAAACUUGAGAUGGACGAGGCAAAUCAGAGAAGACAAGAGGAAAUUGAAGACCUAAAAUUGAAAGUGAAUUUUCUGAAAAACGAGGCCAAACGUGAAAAACAGGAGGGGAAAAAGAAGCAAAAGGAUCUAGAAAAGGAAAUGAAGAAUGAAAAAUUAAAGCUUCUCCUUGAGCUGAAAGAGCUAAAAAAGAAAUUGAAGAUGGAGAAAAAGGAGGAGCGUAACGGGAAGAAGAUGGAAAAGCACAUGGAGGUUGACGAGGAAGAGCAUGAGGCGAAAGACAAACGGGCCUUAAAAAGCAAAUUUAGAGUAGCAUUUAAAUUCAGGGGUUUCAAAGAAAGGAACUAAAGCAUGAAAGGCCCUUGAGAUCUAGAGAGGAACAUUCAACCAGACUGACAUGCUCAAAUAAUCCUCAAUAAAAGCAAUGCAUUAAAAAAGUCA